GACAAGAAAGUCAACAUGGCGUCGUGCAGCAGGGCUCAAGUGAUCUCCCUUUACAGGAUGCUUAUGAAGGAGAGCAAAAAAUUCCCCUCAUACAAUUACAGAACAUACGCACUUCGCAGAGUGAAGGAUGGCUUCAGGGAAAACCUUCAUGUUGACAACCCCAGAACACUGGAUAUGCUCAUAAAUCAAGCGAGAGAAAAUCUGGCAGUCAUCAAAAGACAGGUUUCCAUUGGUCAUCUAUAUUCUGCUCAGAGGACCGUUGUGGAGAAAGAGCCUCAUUUAUAAAUGUCUUCAGGACCAAGAAUAGGUGCCCAUAAAAAUGGGUUGUGAAUGACAAAUCAGUGUAAUCAAUGAGCUGCACCACUGUCUGUUAUUGUAUAUUAGAGGAAAAUUUCUAUGUAAAAUGUUGAUGUUAUAUACAGCAAAUAAAUAUGUGUAAAGCAUGUAAAUAUUAAAUCACUGCAAAAAAAUAAAAAAAGCUGAGUCUUAAUAUCAAAAUAA